AUGAGACUGGUACUUCCUAACCCUGGACUGGAAGACCGGAUCUUCAGCCAUGAAGAUCUGGAGAGGAUGGAAAAGGAGGAGGCUGAGGACAGACCUAAGUGGGACAACAAAGCCCAGUACAUUUUAACAUGUGUGGGUUUCUGCAUUGGGAUUGGCAAUGUGUGGCGGUUUCCUUACUUGUGUCAAAGUCAUGGAGGAGGUGCCUUUCUGAUCCCCUACCUGAUCCUGCUGGUACUAGAAGGAAUGCCUCUCCUGUUGCUAGAGUUUGCCAUCGGCCAGCGUCUCAGGAAAGGUAGUGUGGGGGUUUGGAAGGCCAUCAAUCCUUACCUGACUGGUAUUGGUAUCGCCUCAAUGCUGGUGUCUUUAUUGAUUGGACUGUAUUACAACACCUUACUAGCCUGGAUCCUGUGGUAUUUCUUCAACUCCUUUCAAGACCCGCUGCCUUGGGCCCAGUGUCCUCUCAAUGAAAACAGAACAGAAUUUGUAUCAGAGUGUCAACGCAGCACCACUGUGGAUUAUUACUUUUACCGAGUGACCCUGAACAGCACACCCUCCAUAGCUGACUCUGGAGGACUCCAGUGGCAGAUAGUGCUCUGUCUGUUCGCUGCCUGGACAGUCAUCUUUAUUUGCUAUAUACGGGGGAUCAGUACUUCAGGAAAGGCAGUGUACGUCACAGCCAUCCUGCCUUACAUAGUGCUGGCCAUCUUCCUGAUCCGAGGACUGACUCUCAAAGGCUCAGUGACUGGACUAAAAUAUCUCUUCACACCAGAUGUGGACGAAUUGAUGAAUCCACAAACUUGGCUAGAUGCUGGUGCCCAGGUCUUUUAUGCCUUCAGCAUAGCAUGGGGAGGACUCAUCUCCUUCUCAAGCUACAACCCUGUCCACAACAACUGCAUGCAAGAUGCUGUGAUACUGUCCAUUAUAACUGGCUUCACCUCCAUCUACGCUGCCACAGCCACCUAUACCAUCAUUGGCUUCAGGGCCACUGAGAAAUAUGAAAAGUGUAUGAGUGAAAACAUCAUGACAUUAGUGAAUGCAUUUCAUCUUCCUGAAGACAGCAUCACUGCAAGCAACUACGAUGCAGCCUUGAAUCACCUGAACAGCUCCUCUCCUGAUAUCAUUCUUGGACUGCAUUUUGAAAACUGUGACAUGCAGAAACUUCUCAGUGAGGGAGUGGAGGGAACAGGUCUGGCUUUCAUUGUUUUUACAGAAGCCAUCAUCAAGAUGCCUGGUUCCCCAGCCUGGUCUAUCCUCUUCUUCAUCAUGCUUCUCUGUCUGGGAAUCUCAACCCUGUUUGGCAACAUUGAGGGAGUGGUGGUCCCCUUGAAAGACUUGAAUGUGUUACCUAAAAAGUGGCCCCAAGAAGCACUGACUGGAGUUACAUGUGCUGUCGCCUUCGUCAUUACCCUCCUGUUUGCACAGCAUUCAGGAAUUUAUUGGGUAACUCUCUUCGAUGAUUUUGCUGGAUCUGUUCCACUGUUGACCAUUGGAUUGUUUGAGAUGAUAGCUGUUGUUUACAUCUACGGCAUAGACAGGUUCAACGAGGACAUAAAGUUCAUGAUUGGAUAUAAGCCCUCCAUCUUCUGGCAGCUUUCAUGGAGGUUCAUCGGUCCCGUUAUCAUUCUGGUUAUCUUAGUAGCCUACCUGGUGACUGAAGUCCAAAAAGAGCUCACCUACUUAGUCUGGGACCCCAACUCGGAUGAUUUUCCAUCUCUGGCAUCAGUACCUUACCCUUCGUGGAUCAGUGCAGUCAUCUUUCUUUUGGCGGGAGUCCCCAGUCUGACAGUACCUCUGUAUGCAUUAUGUAGGCUGGUAAUUGUGACCUGCAAGAAAAAGAAAAAAAUGAGUGAAACAAUCUGCCAGCUAUCUUAA